CCCACCUCCUAUGCCCAUGGCCUACCUCGACCUGCGGGAGCUCACCCAGCUCAUACACCUCGCAGACAGGGGCGGCAUCGGCCAAGCCACAGCCAACACCGACUGCGUCGCCGAGCAGCCCGACCAGCUCAUGUUCAUCCAGGGCGACCACCUCGUCCUCCUGCGCGACCUCGGCGAAGUGCUGCUGGCUUCGUGUGAGGGGGUCAUAGGCUGGGCGAGGCGGGGGGAUCUCGCGGAGGUCAAACUCGCUAGCGGGAGCGCCCCUACCUCUCCUUCACUCCCCGUUCCCGCCUCCGCCGAAGUCCCCCCGACCACCACGCUCACCGCCCCUUCCCCGCCCCCAGCGCACGUAGAACAAUUCCAACAGCCUUUACAAGCGACCAUAGCGGGCCUCGGACUCGGACUCGAAGGACCCGCCCGCGACGACACUGUCCGCCGGGAUUCCGGUACCUCCGGCCCCUUCGAGCUCGAGACAGACUCGCCCCAGCCUUCCCCUGACUUGUAUUCAUCCUUUGCCAAAGAAGAGAAGGGGGAGGCUUUCGACUUGCCGCCGAGGCCGCCCAAGUCGAGGUUGAGGUUGGGGAGCGUGGCGGGUAGUUCAGAGGCGAGUAGUGGGGGUUAUGAAGGUAUUGGAGGGUUCAUGAUGAGCGCACGAAAUGGGGGUACCAGCCCAGACGAAGAGAUACCCACCUCUCUCCCCGCCCCAACCCACACAACCACCCCUCAAACACCUUCCAUCCUCCUCCCCUCCCGCUCCUCCUCCCCCGACCUCCUAGCCCACCGCCCAUCCCCAUCUCCAUCCUCAUCAGAAGACGACGGCGAGUCGGACCGGUCCUGGGACAUUUACGACGACUAUGCAAGGGAAAGCAUGUAUGGCCCUCUGGGCAACCUUGCGAGGCAUUCGGCGAGGAUGGCGGCUGGGACGGCGGUGCUUGGUCUGCCGAAAGGGAAGCCGAGGAGGUGGAGCAGCGGGAGUGGGGAUGGGGAUGGGAGUGGCAGUGAGGGGGACGCUGGGGAUGAGGGGACGGCGAGAGGCAGGACGUGGGCUGCUUUGCAAGGUGCUCAAGGGAGGCAAGAAGAGCGGACACCGGAGGGCGAACUGAUUCCCAAAGGCGGGGAGGAGCAAAACACGCCGAAAGGCGACUCUCAUUACCCUUCACCGAUCACACCUGCUUUCGGCGUCGACGUCAAAGCGCCAGCACCGAUGACAGCCACCGAGCUCCGUUUAAAGCUGUUGAACGAUGGCGAUUCGUCGCGCGUUUCGUCGCCUAUACCAGAUACCAAGCUCAUCACGCCCUCCGAACCCGACACAUCCAUCACCGCGUCGAUCGACUCGUUCCAUACCGCCGCCAACACUGAAGAAGGGCCUGCUAGCGCAAGCGAGCAAACGCCAGAGAUGACAAAAUCCUCCAGCGAAGGCAGCCACACCCUCCUCGCCUCGCCUCUCCCUAUAGAAGACGUCCCCAGCUCUUCAGCUUCAGGCCAUUCGUCCCAUUCCGACCUUUUCCCAACUCCCCGCGUAAGCUCGACCCCGCGCCAUCCGAAUUUCUCGCCGACGACGAAAUCACCAUUCUACUCGCCCGGCCACUGUUCUUCACCCAACCCCAACCUUAACCCUUCACCUUCGCCACACGCGUCGCCUGUCGUCCCUUGGUCCCCCGACUCGCCGUCCUCGCCGCACAGUAUCGACGCGACGCGUACGGCGGUUGUCAAAUCCCGGGACGCCAAGCGGGACGGGAACGGCAAGCGGCCCAGGGGUCUGACGUUGGUGGGGAGGAUGGACAAUGACUUGCGCGCUGCUCAGGGGCCUGUACCGAUUACGUUUUUGGUGAAUGGUGAAGGCUUUCCCAUACCGCCUUCGCCUUUGCCGACGCCAACGCCGGGGACACCGAGUACACCGGGAACACCGGGGACGGCCGUACCUGGCCCGGGGAUGAAUGGUACAAGUCGAGAAGGGAUCGGGCUCGGCUUGCCGGGACACGGACACCUAGGGCAGGGGCAGGGGCAGGAGCCAGAGAGGCGGGCGAGCUCGCCGCUGGCUUCACCGACGAAUGUCGAGACACCAACGUUCCCUGCCCACCCCAUGCCUCCGGUAAGAAGCGUCACCGCGCCCAUCACGCCCGUACCCACUCCACAGCCACAGCAGCCGAAAACGUACCAGGCGCAGCAGCAGCAGCAGUCCAACUCCCAACCUGCUUCUCGGGCACAGUCGAGGCAGGCGACAGGGAUCGACAAGGAGCUCGAGUCGUCGCCGACGAUACCCGCGGCUGGGGCAAGACCGAGGUCGAGGAGCUUUUCGUCUUCUGUAGCUAGGACUUUGGGUGUAGGGCGGAAAGCCUCGACGCCGAGCGCUCUUUCCAUCAGCUCGGCGAACGAGCGCUCUACUCUCCCUUCACCUCUCCCUCAACAACAACCCCAGUCUGCGACGCUCAAGAAAACAUUCCUCUCCAAAUCAUCCCUCGCCCCCACCACCGCCCAAUCGACCCCACCCCACUCUCCUGCGAAAUCGACGCUCUCGAGAGCUUCGGGCAAUAACGAUUCCGUCCUCUCUCUCCCCCUCCCUCCCCCUUCGGCAACCUCUGCGUCAUUCUCCUUCCCUUCCUCCAAAUCAUCGAAAGGCGCGGCAAGAAAGACAUCUAGACCUUUGCCGAGUCCGGUAAGCCAUAAAGAUUUCUUGGAAGAAACUGUAAAGGCGGAUGGGAUGGAUUUCGAGCUCGUCCAACCGCGGAAACCUCCGGCGCUCUUCAGCCCGACGUCGACGACGUCAAUGUCUUUUGAUUCGUCGGACCUUACGAGUGCGGGAGGGGGCAGUGGGGAUGAAGGCAAGACGUUGGAGGGGAGUAUACGGUCUGGUACUUCUGCGGGCGGGCUGAAGGUGAUGGCAGAGACGGAUGAGUGGGGGUUCUUGAAGGACCGAAGCCCGACGCCAGAGAUUUUCAUGUCGAGGAAUGCGCCGGGCGAGUAUAGAGCUAUCGAAGGCAAAUGGUUGUCCAUCAUCAGUACCCCUCUGAACGGCGCCCAGCCGGGAAAGAAGGUCCGUAAACUCGUCAUCGAGUCUGGCGUCCCGAAUUCGCUCAGAGGACGGGUUUGGGCAUGGUUCAUGGCUGGGACGCUUUCGGCGAGGGUACCGGGGUUGUAUGGGGAGUUGUUGGAGCAUGAUAAGGGGUUGGAAGAUGAUCGGAUCGAGCGGGAUGUCGUUUCUGCAUACCCGGACCAUUCCAUAUUCGCCGACCCCAACUCUGCAGGCCAACAAGACCUCCGCUCCAUCCUCCGCGCCUACUCCAAUUUCGCCCCCGCAGGCUAUCGCCGAGAAAUGUCGCUCAUAGCCGGGUGUCUCCUCAUCCACUGCGUGGCGGAGGAUUCGUUCUGGCUUCUAAGUGGGCUGGUGAAUUCGGUGUUAAAAGACUUUUAUGGGGAGGGGCAGGUCGGGUUGGGGGUGGAGGCGGAGGUGUUUGCGAAAUUGUUGGGUGAGAAGGAUGGCAAGUUGGCAAAGGCGUUUAGAGAGUUCGGCCUUCAUCCUCGCGAGUAUCUCGACAAAUGGUUUGGCCAGCUCUUCAUCCGCCACCUCCCCUGGCCCACCGUCCUCCGCGUCAUCGACGCCGUCGUAUGCGAAGGUACCCGCUUCCUCCUCAUCGCCUCCCUCACCAUCCUCUCCCUCUCCCGCGACCGCCUCCUCCGCCUGCCGCAGGACCACGAUUCGGUGCUCGCGUAUCUGCAGAAUCUGCCGCAGGAUAGUCUGAUGUUGCCGGAGAACUUUAUGAAGGCGUGUGAGGGGGUGAGGUAUGAGGAGAAGGAGUAUAGGAGGACGAGGGCGGCGGUGGAGAAGGAGUUGAUGCGGUAGAGGGGUGGAGUAGGAGGAUUUUUUUUAUCUUGACGCUUUGCCUCAACUUGGCGAGGAGGAUCCUUGUUUUGCACUUUUUUCUUCAACAACAUAUAUUGCAUAUUCUUUCAUGGUCCAUCAUUAUCUACUCGUACAGGAGUAUAUCUAGUUCGCUAUCGCAUAGUAAUCAGCAUUAUGUCUCGCCACUUGUG